GAAAUGUGUUCUUUCUGUCUAUCUUUUACAAUUGUCUAGCUGGAGGGCUCUCUGCACUGUAUUGCCUUUACAGCAACCCUGGGGAGUAACUAUUUUGCAUAGCAGUUUUAAGUUUUUCAGAGGCAGUCAAGAAGCACAGGACAGGUGUUAGCGCUGAGGAGCUGUAGGGCUUUCAGGCAGAUGUGCGAUCUGAAAGUAUUCACAGUCCUGCAAACACCAGUCCAAUUUUGUGCCAGUAAUUUAUCCAACUUGUCUACAUCGAUACUGUUGCAUUUAUGCAAAACUCUCAAAAGCAGAUGAUCCUUUAGUAGUUUUGCAUCUUUGACAAAUGGUCUGUUGCAGCGGCAGCAGCAUCUGCGGAGAUUACCAAAAGAGAUAGCAAGGCUGGAUAGGGACUAGAGUGAAUAUAAGUCUUGUUUUGCUUCAGAGGUGGUAACCUCCAGCAGAAGACCAGUUCAGGCUGGACAGGUGGGGGCACUAAUAUCUUAAAGCAUCACGGCCAAAUCUGUGAGAACCUGUUUGUUUCAAAGCUUUGCAUGAACUCAAUGAACAUGAAUUUGAAAGAGAAAACAGCAACAGCCCAUCCUGAUGAUAGAAAUUGCACAGCAAUUGGAAACAAAAGACUUCACAGGCAGAAUUUGGACAGCUUCAAUGGAACUAAUCUGAAUUUAUUCUAAUAGCAUGGAUCCAUACUAUAGAUUUAAUGACGUGAUGUACAGAUGGAUCUCACUGGAUAACUGGACUUACAGCAGGACAUUCAGAACUCCUUUUGACAUCGGAAAGUGGCAGAAAGUGAAUUUGGUUUUUGAGGGAGUAGAUACAGUAGCACAGAUCCUAAUCAACAAUAUCACCCUUGGGAGAACAGACAACAUGUUCAACAGAUAUGAGGUAAGCUGGCAGCAGAGUGUGAGUUGGAAAGACUCCUGUACCUACCAGAUUUCUGAGUUGGAACAAGGUGCCCCUCUAAAAAUGCAGAGUUUUGAUAUUACCAGCGUGAUCAAGGAGAUCAGUUUUGUUGAAGUCCGUUUCUUAUCAGCAGUUUCAUAUGCAGCAGAGCAGAGCAGAUGUCACAAGGCGUACAGCAUCCCCCCGGCGUGCCCUCCACCUGUGCAGAAAGGAGAGUGCCACGCUAAUUUCAUCAGAAAGGAGCAGUGUUCAUUUAGCUGGGACUGGGGCCCUUCCUUUCCCACUCAAGGAAUCUGGAAAGAUGUUAGGAUUGAGGCCUAUAACCGUUAUCACCUGAUUUACUUUUCUUUGACUUCUUUCUUCGCAAAGAGUGCUGAGCAGUGGAGUCUUGAAAUAGAGUCUGUUUUUGAUGUAGUCGGCUCCAAGCCAAUUGAAGGUCUUGUGACUGUGAACAUUCCCAAAUUGCAAACAAACCAAACAUUCAGUGUGAAGCUUCAACCUGGAGAAGGCAGCAUUGUGCUGCAUGUAAACAUCAACAAGAGUUCUACAGUGGAGGCUUGGUGGCCAAAUGGACAUGGAAAGCAAACUGGAUACAAUAUGACAACAACUUUCAUCAUGGAGGCAGGAUACCAGAUUGAGAAAUUUUCAAAGGCCUAUUUUCGGACAGUGGAACUUGUUCAGGAGCCUAUUCCUGGCUCACCAGGUCUGAGUUUCUACUUCAGAAUCAAUGGUCGACCCAUUUUCUUUAAGGGCUCAAACUGGAUUCCAGCAGAUUCUUUCCAGGACAAAGUAACCUAUGACACACUGUGGCUACUCUUGAAGUCUGCAGCAGAUGCUAACAUGAAUGCACUUCGGGUUUGGGGAGGAGGAGUAUAUGAACAAGACGAAUUUUACGAUAUUUGCGAUGAAAUGGGAAUAAUGAUUUGGCAGGAUUUUAUGUUUGCAUGUGCACUAUAUCCAACUGACCAGAAUUAUUUAGAAUCCGUAAGAGCUGAAGUUUCUCAUCAGGUAAAGCGUUUAAAAUCCCAUCCGUCAAUUAUUCUGUGGAGUGGCAACAAUGAAAAUGAAGCAGCAAUUGCAAGCAACUGGUUCUCCAUACCUUAUGCUGACAAAGAAGUCUACAUCAAUGACUAUGUGAUGCUUUAUGUGAAAAACAUCCGAGAAAUUGUUCUUACAGAAGAUAAGAGUCGUCCUUUUAUUGCAUCCAGUCCCACCAAUGGCUUGAAGUCCGUUGAAGAAGGUUGGGUCUCCCAGAAUCCGUAUGAUACCCGUUAUGGUGACACUCACUUCUAUGACUACAGCAGUGACUGCUGGAAUUGGACAGUGUAUCCUAAAACUCGUUUUGCUUCAGAAUAUGGAUUUCAAUCCUGGCCUUCCUUCAGUACAAUCGAAAAGAUUUCCUCCACUGAGGACUGGUCCUACACAAGCAAUUUUUCUCUUCAUCGACAACACCAUGAAAAUGGCAAUGAUCAGAUGCUUCAACAGAUUGCAUAUCAUUUCAAGCUUCCCCAGAGCACAGAUCCCAUAAAGAAGUUCAAAGAUAUGAUUUACCUCACUCAGGUGAUGCAGGCUCAGUGCAUAAAGACUGAAACUGAAUUCUAUCGCUUUAGUCAAAGUGAAAUAAUCAAGGGAGAAGGACACACAAUGGGAGCUCUGUAUUGGCAGCUCAAUGACAUCUGGCAGGCACCUUCAUGGGCUUCCUUGGAGUACGGUGGCAAGUGGAAACUGCUUCAUUAUUUUGCCCAGAACUUCUUUGCACCGCUGCUGCCUGUGGCCUAUGAAGACAAAGGUGUGUUGUACAUUUAUGGUGUCUCAGAUCUUCAUGAGAAUCACAAGCUGACUUUGAGGGUGGUUGUGCAUGCCUGGAGCUCUUUGGAGCCAGUGUGCACCCUCGCCAAAGACCGAGUGACCGUUAAAGCGCAAAGCGCUGUCCCUAUCUACAAGGAGUCUGUGAAUGACUUGCUGGGAAGAUGCAGAAAUUGCACCAGGAGAAGCUGUGUUAUUACCUUCUGGCUUGUGGGGGAAGGUGGGCUCCAGAGUCCUACGAACCAGCACUUUCUUUCAUCACUAAGGGAUGCCGAAGGAUUAGAAAAGACCCAGCUUAGUGCCUCUGUAUCCCAAAGAGAUGACAUUUAUGUGUUCGUCCUUCACACUACUGCAGUUGCUCCUUUUGUUUCUCUGGACGUAGGGAGCAUAAAAGGCAGAUUUAGUGAGAAUGGUUUUCUCAUGACUGAAAAGAAGAAAGUGGUUGAGUUUUAUCCUUGGGAGCUCACCAGCGUUGAAGAACUUGAGAAGUCACUAACCUUGACCUCUCUAGUGGAUGUUGUCUGAGGACUCUUCGUUUCCUUCAAGAUAAGGAGUGAAACAACAGGAGAAACAAAAAAUUGAAGACUUUGACCAAAGUUGAAGGGAUGUAAAAUUUGAGCUGACUGGAGAACAUACUGUCUAUUCCUGUCAUGUGUGAAUUUUAUCUGGUGAUUCAAUGUAAAGAAAACAACAGCAAAGCUUGCAUAUAA